AGUAUUAGCAUCCUAUUAGAAUGGGAGUGGCUUCUUUCAAACAGAAGAGAAAAAUCCCACCUGUUACGAUUUUGGUGCUCAUCACCUGCACAUAUAAACACACAAACAAAAAUGGCGAUAGUUGAAUUUUGACCAGAGUGGACAGACCUUGAAUAGUUUGGAAGAUAGCUGAGGAGCCGAAAUGCCCACGUACGAAGAAGACGAGCGACUUGCUAAAUUCAAAAAUAAAGGCAAAGACCCAGCGAAACUCAGGCGACAGAGGAUAGAAGCUAGUAUUGAACUCCGGAAAGCCCAGAGGAACGAGAAUAUCUUGAAGAGGAGAAAUGUUUCUUCACUGCCGAGUGAUGAACCGCUUUCUCCAGAACUCAAGUGUCCGAAUCCGCAGUCUAUUGCAGCCACCCUUCAGGAGAUUGUCAGCUGCGUUAACAGUGACUGUAAAGAACGACAAACCCGAGGGACUCAGGCGGCAAGGAAACUCCUCUCCCAAGAGAAAUCCCCACCCCUGCAGGAGGUCAUUGACAUGGGACUGAUUGAUUGCUUUGUGGAGUUUCUGGGCAGGGAUGAUGAGCCUGCUCUUCAGUUUGAGGCAGCCUGGGCCCUUACCAAUAUUGCCUCUGGUACCUCAUGGCACACACAGCAGGUUGUGGAGCAUGGUGCUAUACCUAAAUUCAUUUCCCUCCUGUCUUCACCAUUAUUGCACAUCAGUGAGCAGGCAGUGUGGGCCUUGGGAAAUAUUGCAGGUGAUGGUCCAGCAUAUCGUGAUGCUCUCAUUAACUGCAACGUUAUCCCCGCCUUGCUUGUGAAAGUGACACCUGACACCCCAAUUGGUUACCUGCGCAACCUGACCUGGACCUUGUCAAACCUAUGCAGAAACAAAAACCCUUACCCUCCUCUGUCUGCGGUGCAGCAGGUCCUGCCCACACUGAUGCAGCUACUUCAUCACGAGGACAAGGAAAUCCUGUCUGAUGCUUGCUGGGCCAUGUCCUAUCUCACUGAUGGGUCAAAUGACCGGAUUGAUGUAGUGGUGAAGACUGGCAUUGUACCAAGACUUGUGGCCCUGAUGGGGUUCAAAGAACUAUCAGUUCUGACCCCAGCUCUCCGGUGCAUUGGGAAUAUUGUAACUGGAACAGAUGUGCAGACUCAGACUGCCAUAGAUGCAGGCGUGCUGUCUGUCCUGCCACAGCUUCUGCGUCACCCAAAACCCUCUGUGCAGAAGGAAGCUGCCUGGACUGUGUCCAAUAUUGCAGCUGGACCUUCACCACAAAUCCAGCAGCUCAUAACGUGUGGCCUUCUCCUGCCCCUCAUUGAUCUCCUCAGAAAUGGGGACUUCAAAUCCCAGCGUGAGGCUGUGUGGGCCAUCACCAACUACACAAGUGGAGGCACUGUGGAUCAAGUUGUCCACCUUGUCCAGAGUGGGGGUUUAGAGGCCCUUUUGCAUCUGCUGCAGAUCAAAGACAGCCGAACCAUCCUGGUCAUCCUUGAUGCCAUCAGCAACAUCUUUCUGGCCUCGGAGAAGCUGGGGGAAACAGAGAAGCUGUGCCUGCUGGUGGAGGAACUGGGAGGGCUUGACAGAAUAGAGCUGCUGCAGAACCACGAGAAUGAUUCUGUGUAUCGAGCAGCACAGGCACUGAUAGAGAAGUACUUUAAUGAGGAGUCGGAUGUGGAAUGCCUGAAAACGGAAGCCACCAAAAGCAGUUACAUUUUCCAGCCACAGGAGGUGGAUAAAAAAUUUAAUUUCUGAACUUCACCAUUCAGAACCUUAAGCCCUUUUCCUCUUAAAUGGCAUUGGGGGUGAAAAAAAGGUGUAGAACAAGUUGUUUUCUUUUUUACUCUCCAUAUCUUUGUAUUGUGUGAAUUAUUGCAUUCUAAGUAAAUGGAUAAUAAAGUAUUUUUGAAAUGCA